UUGAUUUCAUUUUACAACUUUAAACCAAUAUUUUUUAACCAAGAACAAUAAACUUACAAGUAUCUUCAAGAUCAAGAAAUUAAUUUGAUCCAAAAGAUGGCAGAUAGCUGGUGGGAUUCAAGAACAAGACCUUGCUUAGAUUCAAUUUCUGUCACCUCCAUGAAUCUUUUCCAAGAAACCACAGAAAGCACCACCACAACCACCACCAGUAGCGGCGGAAACCGCGGUGGUGGUGGUGGAUUGUUGGGAAACAACCCAAGUCUACAGAUGAUGGAGUUAGGUCUUUCAUCACAACCAGUAUCACAGCCGUUGGAUUGGAAUCAAACUUUAUUACGUGGAGAUCAAAGAAAUGAUGAUCAUCAAAGUGGUUACCAAACCCUAAUUCAAGAAGAUAAUGGUUUGAGUUCAAACACAAGCAUUUUUCAAGAAACACCAUGGAAAUCACAUAAAAUAUAUUUAGAGCCACCUUCUGAGUUCAAGCAAAUUAACGUUAGAGGUUUUCGAUUAGACGAACCAUUGCAUUACAACGAUGAAAGUGGAUUAAAUCCAAGCUUCCAACCCAUAGAUCAUUCCUAUGGAAGUAACUCUACAAUAAUACAAAGCUUAUUUGGUUCUGAUACUAACACGAAUCAACAAAGUGAUUCGUGUUAUGAUCAGAACCAAGGAAUGGGUUAUAAUUCGUACCAAUCUAGCUAUGGUGGCAUCACAAUGUCUGGUGGAAGUGGCAGCAGCGGUGGAGAGUAUCCGCCACUGCCACCACAUCCGCCUCAAGAAUUCUCAGGGAAUUCACCACCUAAAGUGCAGCCCCAACUGCACUUUUCCAACAACGCUCAAUUUUGGAACGCGUCGCCUGCAUCCACUAAUGAUGUUAGAUCAAGUUUUUUCCCGUUGCAAAUGCAAUCACCUUCUACCAUUGAAGAUAAACCAAAGAAUCCCAUAUCUGAAAUGGUGAAAAAGAGCAACACCAAAUCGUCAUCAUCAGCCAAGAGACCAAGAAAUGAAAACCCACCAAUGCCAGCUUUUAAGGUGAGAAAAGAAAAGAUGGGGGACAGAAUCACUGCACUCCAACAAUUAGUUUCUCCUUUCGGAAAAACUGAUACAGCAUCCGUACUGUCUGAAGCAAUUGAAUACAUCAAAUUUCUCCAUGAACAAGUUAAUGUUCUAAGUACCCCAUAUAUGAAAAAUGCUGCAAUCAUGCAGCAACAACAACAGAUUCCGGAUAAGACAUCAGAAGGAUCCAGACAAGAUCUAAGAAGUCGAGGACUAUGUUUGGUACCGAUGUCAAGCACAUUCCCUAUGACACACGAAACAACAGUCGAUUUCUGGACACCAUCUUUUGGAGGAACAUUCAGAUAAGUGUGAAAACACUAAAGAAUUUGUGGAUGGGACCGGUAGAGAUCAUCAAAGGAAUUAAUUCAAAGCAAUAAUAUACAAAUAUCUUGUAGAAAUCUGAAGAGAAAGUAAAUGAAAGGAUAUGAAUCUUUAAAAUGCUGGGCCAGCAACAAGCAAAAUGAUGCAGUUUUGGCCAAUGUUAUUAAUUAGUUAAAGGUGUCUACCUUUGUACAUAGAAUUUGAGUCAUUUGUAAUAACUUUAGUAUUAAUAAUGAUUAGUUAACUAAAGUUUUGUGUAGAAA